AUGUCGGAAAUCUCCGCUCCCGGCUUGUCAGAAUCGGUCUUGGGCGGCUCGUUCGCAGCCAGGUCUCCAGAAGAUGAUGUCAUCCCAACUGCCAUCGUCAUCAAAAACAUUCCAUUCGCGAUAAAGAAGGAGCAACUGCUAGAGGUGAUAGCGAAAAUGAGUCUGCCAUUGCCUUAUGCGUUCAACUACCACUUCGACAAUGGCGUUUUCCGCGGUUUGGCAUUCGCCAACUUCGCUACCACCGACGAAACCACUCAGGUCGUGCACACUUUGAAUGGCAAAGAAAUUGGCGGCCGCAAGUUGCGUGUCGAGUACAAGAAAAUGUUACCACAGGUGGAACGCGAACGCAUCGAGCGCGAAAAACGUGAGAAGAGAGGCCAGCUGGAGGAGCAGCAUCGCACCACCUCCGCCCUCUCGUUGCAAUCGCUAAACAAGUCAUCUAGCGGCAGUAACAACAAAAAUACCAGUCCUGUCAAUCCCUUGGGACACCUGUCAUCGACAGACCUUGCCACUCCCUCACAACGGCCUGAAACACCAUCGGGAGGACUUUCAGGACUCUCGGGCCCAAACCUACCACCAACGCUUUCGUCCAACGCCAGCUCUCAAAUGUUUCAAAGCUUCGUUGGCGGUGUGAACAGCAAUGGCCAAGGAGCGCCUACAAAUGUGUCUUUGGCGUUGCAGCCCUCCAUGGCUCCACAGCCGCUUUUGUCGGCCCAAAACACUGCUACGUCGAUGACAAUUCCUUCGCAAUCAUUAGCUGCUCUUUCUUCUGAGCGCUAUUACGCCCCGCUGCCCGCGUCAGCUAAUCUGCCACUGCCACCUCAGCAGUUGGAUUUCAAUGAUCCCGACGUUUUGGAACUUUACUCGCAGCUUUUGCUUUUUAAGGACCGCGAAAAGAUCUACCACGAAUUGGCGUAUCCCGUAGGUCUUUCAGCUGCCCAAAAGCGCGUAAUCAAUGUGCUAUGCUCGUUUUUGGGGCUGGUAGAAGUGUACGAUCCAAGCUUCAUAAUUAUCCGUCGAAAAGUUUUGGAUCACGCUGCUCUACAAUCUCAUUUACAACAAGAAGGUCAAUUGUCGUUGAUGCAGCCAUUACAACCAAGCUCCACUGGAGGAUCUGGAAUGUCUCGUUCACACUCCUAUACCUCUUUGUUGCAGGCACAUGCUACCGCAGCAGCAGCUGCGGGUAGCAACACUACCAUGAGCCAAGCUGGUCAAAUCCCACCGCCAUCACAGUCUCCGCUACUGCAACCAACCGCCGUGCAUCACCUAGAUUCCCAAAACCAACAGCAGCAAUCAAUCUUGAGACAACAGUCUACACAUACCCCUUCAUCCUCCAUUUUGCAAAACCGCAUUCCCACUGGAUACACGAAUAAGCAUAAUACACCAUCCGCCUCGAACAACCCGCUGUUGAGAAAUGCAGGUGUGUCCCCAACCACUGCCCAGAUACAACCCAACACGGCUCAGCGGAUGCCUUCUUUUUACUCCCAGGCACCCUCUACCCCCAGCCAUGGCGAUAAUCGUUUCAACAGUUCCCAAAACCUUGUUCCACAGCACACAAACAGUAGUAUCCACUCCAACUACUCGGUGAAUUCCUUCCACGAUCCCGCAGUCGCAGCUGCGGACUCUCAAAAUCAUGGCAUGAUGUACAGUUCUGCACAGCUAGGUUUGGGUCCAGAGUUGGACGGAGACCUCAGCCGCUCUUUGAGCGGUCUUGACAUCCAAAACAAAAGAAACCUGUGGGGCUGA